AUGAAAGGCAUCAUCCAACCUGCGCGUGGCCGCCCGAGCAAAGUUGUCAAGAAUGUCGCAACUCCACGCGGUCGCCCCAUCCGUCGAGGUGGCCCCUCCGAUUCCCUUUCGAAUCAGGACCCCGACCUCGAGCCGCACGACGUUGACAUCGACGACGACGACAAAGACCACCAGCAGCAACAAAUUCACCAGCAUCAGCACGACCAUCAUGCCGACUUCGACCCCGAGACCGCCGCCGCCGCCGCAGCUGCAGCCGCUCACCAGCACCAGCAGCAUCAGCAUCAGCAGCAGCAACAACAGCUCGACCUGACCGCAGCCAGCAUCCUCGCCAGCAGUGUGCAGGGUAACCCCAUCGACCAACACCCCGACCUUGGUGACCCUCAUGUCGAGGGAGAGGCGGGACCACACACCACAGAGAGCUAUGCGCAGCAAUCCGGCUACGACAAUGUCAUCGUCGAGAGCGCAUUGGCGAAGCGACUGUCUAGAGAACCUGGCAUGCGCCAUGCCCAACAGCGGCGCCCGGAGCAGGCUCUCAACCUCCAGAGACGAAGCAACGUAGAGGCCCUGUUUGCACACAUCGCCGGCGAACUUGCCCCAGUCCCUUGCAAGAACUGCCACAAAGGCCAUGGUCCUUGGAACUCUUGCGUCAUUGUCGACGGACAGAUGUGUGGCAGCUGCGCCAAUUGCUGGUUCAAUGCCUCAGGCGCGCGCUGUUCAUUCCACGAAACCCGUAAUCCUAAUGCGCACGGGGGUCAAGUUAUGGGCGGCGAUAACAUUGGCUUUCAGAUGGCUCCUGCACCCCCUGCAGCCAUGGCACCCUUCAACUUUGUCUCGAUUCCCGCAUCUUCUGACCCCGUCGUACGCUACACGGUCGAACAGGCGAUGGCUCAAGUAAGAGGUGCCGACAAGAAGUCACGUAACAUGCUCAUGGUGGAGGCUGCCGCACGACAGCUGGCUUUCCAGAUCGUACAGUAUGAGGAUAGCGUACAAGAGGAGCAAAAUCAACAGGGCGCUCAACAAGCUGUCAUGAGUGAACAGGAUGCACCUUAG